AUGUUUAACAAAAAUACCUCAACCAUGACGACCAACAAUCGAUCAUCCAUGGAAUCAAUCACUCUCUCCGAACAUUCUUUGAUCAUUUCAGGAUCGAAUGAAUAUUAUCAAUUUUAUAAGAAGAAUUCAAAUUCGGAUCUUUCUAAAAAGAGUACCAUGCAUGUGGAAUCAUCGAAUUUUUCAAAUUAUUCUAUCUUUCCAACAUUCACCACGAUUGAUUUAUCCAAAGAUUUUGGAAUUGAAGUAACAAGUCGAAAAUACAAUGGAAGAACCAGUCGUUCCGUUUAUGUUAAAAAAGUUUCAUGUGGUGAAGGAUUUACGUUCAUCUUGUUAAGUGAUAAUAGAGUCUUUUCGAGAGGAUUGAAUCGUUAUGGACAAUUGGGACUCGGUCAUCGAAAUAAUGCUAGUACAAACGAAGAUGGAUUUCAUCAAGUGACAGCCAUACAUGACACAAUUCUUGAUAUUCAAUGUGGAGCUGAUUUUACCUUAUUUUUCACCAAAAACUCAGAUAUUUAUGGAGUUGGAUGUAAUUCAUUCGGAAAACUAGGCGUUGGAUUUCAAGAUAAUUCCACAGUAAUUGUUCCAAAACGAGUGAAAUCCACUGCAUUUGAUUUUAGAAAAAUUGAAAGCAUGGCAUGUGGUCUGCAUCACGUCAUUUACAUUACUGAGGAUCGAGAGGUUGUCGUUUGUGGUGCCAACUUUAGAGGACAAUUAGGUCAAUCUCACUCGAGUGAUAUUUAUGUUCCAGAAAAGUGUGUGACCUUUACCACAAAAAACGCUGUUUCUGCAAGUUGUGGAGAAGAUCACUCUGCAAUUUUGACGACAUGUGGAGACGUCUACAUGUCAGGAAGUUUUAAGAAAGGCCAAUUUAAUUGUCUUCCACAAACAUCGUUAAGCUUUGCUUCCGAAAGUAUCACAUCCUUUACCAAAGUUCAAUCCGACUGUAAAGAUGUCAUUUGUGGAGCAUUUUCUACAAUAUUUCUGAAAAAGGAUCACUCGAUUUACGUAUGCGGAGACAACACAUAUUCUAAUUUAGCUAUCUCUAAUUUCAAUGUACCAAAAUUGAAACGACCAGAAUUACUAAGUCAUAUUUUCACAAAUCAAACACCUACUCACAUUUGUGCAGCAAAAUAUCAUUCCAUUAUCAUAUUUGACGAUUCAAGAAUUUGUGGAAGUGGAAAAAACGUGGAUGGUAUUCUAGGAGGUUCAAAAGAUUUGAAAGAAAACCAAGAAACUAAAUUUCUCAUGCAUCUUCAAACACUUUCCAAAAUUAAGGGCUUUUCAUUGCGAGCCUCCUCUUCGUAUCAUCAUGUCAUUUACUAUUGGACGAAACAAGUUGGAAUUAUUGAGAAGUAUUUUUAUGAAGAUAUGAGAUUGGCAGAGGCGUUAAGUGACGUGACCAUUGUAUUGCCUUAG